AUAAAGUCUUCUACCUUGAGAUUUACUUCAUACGACGUGGUCAUUUAGCCAAUCAGAAGAAAACGAGGAAAUUCGUUAUUUUGAAAUAGGAAUUGGUAGAUGUAAUUUCUGUUUCACUGAGUUUUCAAAAAUGAAACUAUCUGUGCAUAUAAAAUAGCCUCUAAAUCAAUGCUAAAGAACAAUAAAGCUACUCUUCAAACACGAGUAACCGAUCAAAUGGAAAAUAAUCUUAAACAGUUAAAAAUAACUAAUCCUGUAUUAACUGAAAAUAUAUCAAAAAAUAUACAAACUGUUGGUGCUGUAAAAGAUCAGUGUAAUACUUACAUUGCAAAUUGUAAGCAAAACAAAGGAAACAGUGAAAAGAUAUCUGCAGAAUUAAUAGUGCCUGCAUCUCUUAAAACAAUAGAAUCUGUAAAAAAUAAGAUUGACGAUAAAAGUGAUAAAGAAAAUGUAAAUACUAAGAAGAUAGACACUGACAAAAAUGAAGAACAAAAUAGUGGGAUGAACAAAAAUCAAAGUAGUAAAAAAUGGGUAUUAACUGAUUUUGACAUUGGACGUGCCUUAGGAAAAGGAAAAUUUGGAAAUGUUUAUUUAGCUAGGGAAAAGAAAUCAAAAUUCAUUAUUGCUAUGAAAGUAUUAUUUAAAGCACAAAUAGAGAAAGCUGAUGUGGAACAUCAAGUUAGAAGAGAAAUUGAAAUUCAAACUCACUUAAGGCAUCCAAAUAUUUUAAAGAUGUAUGGGUAUUUUCAUGAUGACAAGAGGGUAUAUUUAAUUUUGGAGUAUGCCCCGAAUGGAGAAUUAUUUAAGGAAUUAAAUGCCCAACCAAACAAACGCUUUGAUGAAAUCAGAACAGCAACAUAUGUAUCUCAAUUAGCAGAUGCUUUAAAAUAUUGUCACAGUAAAAAAGUGAUACAUCGUGAUAUUAAACCUGAAAAUUUAUUACUCGGGAUGAAGGGUGAAUUAAAAAUGGCAGACUUUGGGUGGUCUGUCCAUGCUCCCUCUUCUAGAAGAAAUACUCUGUGUGGCACUUUAGACUAUUUGCCACCAGAAAUGGUAGCUGGAAAAACACACGAUCACACUGUAGAUUUAUGGGGACUUGGUGUUCUAUGUUAUGAAUGUCUAGUUGGUACUCCACCAUUCUUAGCUAAAACUUAUGAACAGACAUAUAUGAAAAUUAAGAAAGCUAAAUACAAAUUUCCUGACUUUGUUAGCGAUGGUGCUAAAAAUUUAAUAUCUCAGUUACUGGUAGUUGAUCCAGAUCAAAGAUUACCUUUAGAGAACGUUUUAAAUCAUCCUUGGAUUGUGAAAAAUCGAACAACACAACCAUAUGUUCAAUGAUGGGUUAGCCUAUUUCAAUAAAUUUUAUACUAUUUUUCUAUAAAGCAACUACGUUUUAUUAAAAAGGAGCUAUGCAAUGUAGGUUUGAUUGGACAUCAUUACCAUUGCAUCUAUUAUAUAGCGGGUUUUUAACAAAAAGUGACCACAGCUGUUCUUUACAUUGUUUCCAACGUCAUACUUUCAUACAUACAUCUUAGCAUGUAUUUUAUUAUGCAGAUAAUUACUAUUCAUGCUUAGCUUUUAAGAUAUAAUUUUAAUGUAAUCAGUAGUUGAAAUUUACUAUGUCAUUUAACUUCUUUAAAUUUAACAAGUUUAGUUUAGUUAUCACAAUUUAAUUUAUUUGCAUUAGUUUGGAACAUAAACGGUGUAGGCAUUUUAUACACGUGUUUUAUUAAUCAGAAAGGGUUUGGAACAAAAAGAUGUUAUGUAUUAAAAAAAUCGUGUAUAUAUUAAGUGUUUUAAUGUUAAUAAAACGUUUAUAAAUG